CUUCGUCUUCUUCGCCAUUCUCUUUUUACAGAACUAGAGAUAGGCAAAACCCUAGCCCCCUCCUUCGAUCUCCUCUGCCUAUUUCUUCAACAAUAUCUUAAAUUUUUCUCACCAAAAUUCAUCAAAUUCAAAGAGGAAGGAUGCCCAGUUGCAAGAACGCUUCAUCACGUCAAGAAUCGGCGGCAGAAGAAGGUGAGAGGCCAUGGCGUCGUGAAGGGAGCAAGUCCAUUCACAUCCAAACCGGACUCGCCUUCAACACUGGGGCUUCAGCCAAGAGGAUCCACAACAUCUUUCUCACGAAGGAGAUCGUCUCACCUAAGAUCGUGAACAAUGACCUCUUCAAAUCGGCGACCUAUGCCCCAAACUUUACUCGGGACACUCAGGUGCCGGUCAAGAAAACUUGUUUCAUCACUGAAGCCAAGUUUUCCCGGAUCGUGUACCGUGAGGAGGGCGAUGCUGCACCAAAUCUGGACCUGAUAGUCGCCGACGAAGAAGAGAGCCAAAAUGAGACUCAAGCUGAGUCAUCUCGUGCCAGAGGAAGUCGAGCCACGGAGCACGUCGCUCGUUAACGCAGGACUUGUCCAAGAGAAGAAGCACCGAAACCUUCUUGGGUGAAGAGGAUCUUCGAUACUCUCACGUGCAUCCGAGAUAACGUUCGCCAGCUCAACGAGAGGAUUACUCGUUUUGAGCAAUCCCGCUCCUACCGUGGCCCGCGUCACAGCUUUAGCGGAGGAGCUCGUCCGGCAAACUCUCUUUGAUUAUACUCCUUCUAUCUUGACUUAUUAUGAUACUUUGUUAUUUGCUAUUGUUAUUGUUAUGACUCUUUUGAUGAAUGAUUAUGUUGCUAAUUAUGUAUUUGUGUGUUUCGCAAUGUAGUUCUCCUUUAGAACACAUUGUCCCUUUGUGGCAUUCCUGUUAGAAGUUUUUUUUAAGAAAAUUUCUUGCAAAUU